AAGGCGGGGGCCGAGGGCCGGGGAAGCAGGGAGUCUGGGAGCCCCUCACACACAAGCCCGGCCCCAGCCCCCCUCAGGCCGGGCCAGGCCCCCGCCCGAUGCCUCCCUUCCCUGUGCCGGGGCCAACCCCACCUGAGGCCUGAGCCCACAGACGGGAGAGGGGUGGGGCCUGGCGGCUGUCAGCCACGAGUAGGGCCCUGAGAGGAGGAGGGAGGGCAGGAUCGUGGGUGCUCUUAAGUCUGAGGUGAACUGCGCCUUCCCUCACUCCUCACCUGCUCUCGGAGCUGUCUGAUCCCCGGAGCCAGGAGUGAAUGCGGCCGCUGCCCGCCCCGGGCCCCAGGUCCUGGACGCUCCUGGUUGGCGAGUGACACCUCUGGGACCUGCGUGAGGCUGGUGAGAAGCCCGAGCUGCCCUGCCGGGUGGCUGCCCCGCCAUGUCGCAGGUGAUGCCCAGUCCCCUGCUGGCAGGAGGCCACGCCGUCCGCCUGCCUCCCUGCGAAGAGCCCAGGAGGGUCCUGCACCCGGCACCCAGCCCCAGCCUGCCACCCCAGUGUGCCUACUACACCACCGAAGGCUGGGGGGCCCAGGCCCUGAUGACCCCCGUGCCCCGCAAGGAGCCCCCCAGCCGGCUCCCACAGGCCCCACAGGCAGGAGCCAAAGCCAGCUGCCUCCUGCGGGGGCCUGGCCAGCAGCCCUCGGUGGCCCUGGAGGACCUGGACGCCUGCAUCGGCUUCUCCCUGGAGAGCCUCAACCAGAUGAUUCUGGAACUGGACCCCACCUUCCAGCUGCUCCCCACAGUGGCCGGCGGCCCGUGGGCCGAGCCCGCCCAGAGCACCACCUCGCAGAGGAAGAAAGAAGAGCCUGACGCUUUGGAUAUCAAGUACAUCGAGGUGACCUCCACCAGAUCGAGGUACCACGAGGGUCCUCAGCGCUGCUCCAGCCCAUCUGCCACCCCGCCUUCCGGCUCCCCGCGCAGUGGCGGCCUCCUCCUCUCCAGAGACAUCCCCCGGGAGACGCGAAGCAGCAGCGAAAGCCUCAUCUUCUCCGGGAGCCAAGGCGUUGGGCACCAGCGCCCUCCGCCCCCGUCCCAGUCCGGGGCUCUGUCCUCCCACCCCCCGCCCUCUCCCAGCAUCUCCAUCCCCUGCACGCGGAGCCGGGCCCCGGGCCCCCACGGCUUUGGCUCCCCUGGGACGGCUUCUCCAGGCGGGGAGAGGGGCCCAGGAGGCAACGGGGUCCCUGUGGUGUCUGCCCGCCCAGCGACUGAUGUCAGCUACGUAUUCGGAAGCAGCCAGUCCCUCCUCCGCUCCAGCAUCUCCAGCCCACAGUCCUCCUCUCAGUCCUUGGAAAGCCCAGCCAGCUCCUCCUCCAGCCUCCACAGCCUCGGCCCAGCGUCCCCGUGCACGAGAGUCGGUGACCACCAGGUCCCCAGCAGCACCACCCCAAGCAGGGCCCAGCCCCUGGCCAAGGAGCAUGCCAGCAGCUGCCCCCCCUCCAUCGCCAACUCCAUGGUGGACAUACCCAUCGUGCUGAUCAACGGCUGCCCGGAACCAGGGUCCUCCCCGCCCCAGCGGAUCCCAGGACCCCAGGACUUGGUGGGACCUGGGGCUGCUUCUGCCAGCAGCCCCUGUCCAGCCACCAGGAGCCACAGCCAGACCCUGCCGGAGACCUCUCCUGCCGCGUCCCCCCACGGCCCCCCAAGGGACAUGCAGCCCACCAUGAAAUUUGUAAUGGACACAUCCAAGUACUGGUUUAAGCCCAGCAUCACCCGAGAGCAAGCAAUCGAGCUGCUGCGGAAGGAGGCGCCGGGGGCCUUCGUGGUGAGGGACAGCUCUUCGUUCCGAGGCUCCUUCGGCCUUGCCCUGAAGGUGCAGGAGGCCCCUGCACCUGCCCAGAGCCGAUCAGGAGAGGACGGCAGUGACCUCAUCCGCCACUUCCUCAUCGAGUCGUCCGCCAAAGGGGUGCAUCUCAAAGGGGCCGACGAGGAGCCCUACUUUGGGAGCCUCUCCGCCUUCGUGUGCCAGCACUCCAUCAUGCCCCUGGCCCUGCCCUGCAAGCUCGCCAUCCCGCACAAAGAACUGGGAGGCGGAGACGGUGCCUUGGACCCCGCCGCAGACGGCAGGGCCUCCAGCCUGAAGCGAUCUGCGGAGGCCUCCUCCUGGGUUUCCGAAGACGAAAGGCCACCCUGUCUGUCCCCUGGCUCUGGGCAGAGGAAGGGCCCGGGGCCUGGGUGGCCUCGCCCACCCCAUGGACCCUGGCAGGGCCCCAGUGCAGUGUGUGCAUCCCACAGGCUGCCACGUCCUGUACCUGAGCUCUGUGAGCGUGGAGACGCUGACCGGAGCCCUGGCGGUGCAGAAGGCCAUCUCCGCCACCCUGGAGAGGGACGUCCUCCCCACGCCCACCGUGGUCCACUUCAAGGUCACGGAGCAGGGCAUCACCCUGACCGACGUCCAGAGGAAGGUGUUUUUCCGGCGCCAUUACCCCCUCAGCACCCUCCGCUUCUGUGGCAUGGACCCCGAGCAACGGAAGUGGCAGAAGUACUGCAAGCCCUCCUGGAUCUUUGGGUUUGUGGCCAAGAGCCAGACCAACGCCCAGGAGAACGUGUGCCACCUCUUCGCGGAGUACGACACGGUCCAGCCAGCCUCCCAGGUCAUCAGCCUGGUGGGGGCUCUGCUGCAGGACACAGAGAGGAUGUAGGGGGCUCCCCCUGCACGUGCUCCCAGAUAUCCCAAGGGAAUCGCACAGACGUCCCCUUCUCCCCCUGAACAAGUGGCUGUAGCCACACUGAUGGACCAAUGCAUUGAACUGAAGGAGAAACCCUUAAACCCACUAUGACCUUCAUCACUGACCUUCAUCCAGACACCCCCCCUUCCCAGGCCUCAGUUUCCUCAUCCAUGAAAGGAGGCCAAUAGACAGGGUCAGCUGUUCUUCUCAGACUUUGGGGGGAUCCGGACAAGGUCCCUGUGAUCCUGAAGCACACCCUCCUCUGAGGGCCCCCACCUGAAAACAAUCUCGGAGAACACUGACUCCAUCAGCCUGGAUGCUACUGACACAGCAGCCUGAGUUAGAGACCCGUGCCCCUGUUUCGUGGCAAACAACAGGUGCUGGGUCAGACCAAGGGGCCCUGGCCAGGGCUGGGCUGGGAGCAGACAGAUGCAAGGAUUCAGGGCCAAAGGGGAGAUGGACUGACUCUCUUUCCCUCCAUAGUUGUUCCUUCCCCCACUUCCCUAACGGCUUGUCGGGCAGCUGUUCCCAGGAUUCUCCGGGCCAAGUGGCCACGGCUGUUAGAGCAGCUUAGCAAGAACUUACCCCUGUGGGCAGAGCUGACCCAGCCCUCCUCACAUUCUUGACGUCUAAUCCCCUCCAAGGCCAAUGAAUGUCAAAGCCCUAUCUUUUCUUUUAAUUUUUGGUAAACAAGUGCCCUCUCCCUGGUGUCACACUGCCCUGGUGUUGCUUGUGUAACCCACACCUGUCAUGGGCACAGCGAGAUCCCAGCUCUCCAAGGCAGACACAAGGGUCAGCUCCACUCUUUCUGAGACCCCUGCCUCCAAACACACACACCACACACACACACACACACACACACUCACACACACACACACACACACACACACACGUCCUCUAUAGUGGUGUGGCGUCAGCUAGGCCUACAGCCACAAGGAGGCAGCAGAGAGUCAGGAAUGCAAACAGGCAGCCACUCCAAGAGGCUUGGAGAAACUGGGAGGUCUUUCCCACCCAAUCCCAACCCCCCUCCCACCAAAUUCUCCAGAAGCUGGGAUAGUUUUUCUAGCAGGCCUGGGGUCCUACGGAAACCACGCCAUGAGCAUGGAAAGGGAGGCUCGGAGAAGCCCUCUUUUGCUCUAUGAGGAACGAGUACCCGCCCCCUCCCAGCUGCGGAUCUUGCCAGAGCAUCAUUGUCUUUGGCCAAAGUUGGGCCUGAGGGAUUAUGGUUUCAACCCAAGAAACCAAACUGGGCUGAAGCGGCCCUGGGCUGGUGGAACCGGCUGAGACCAGCCCACCCAGCCUGUGGUCGGGCACUGCCCCACCCCCGGAGACCACAGGAUGCUAGACAAGGUUCUCAAGGUCACAGUGCUCAAGUUCUCAAGGUCAAAGCCUGAGGGGCUGGCAGAGAGCCCUCCAUAUACCCGUGGGUGCCUGUGUAGCUCCCAUCACUGAAAAUAAAAUAAAGUCUGUUUUUGCA